CAGCUUAAUUAGCUCGGGUACAACUGCGAAAGAAGUUGCUAGUUUCUGACUAAUGCUUGAAUGGCUGAUUGGCUUGAGCAUUCGAGUGUACAGUAGAAUGACUGAUUGGUGAUUAUAGAAUUCUAAAGCCUUCUGACUAGUGCUUUUGAAUUUUAUAACCAGAUUGAUUCUAGUACCAAAUUUAUGUGGUAUAUCCUCAUGAGAUUUUAAGCAAACAUAAUUUUGAACCAGGCAAUGAAAUUGCUGAUAUAGGAGUAGAUAGUUUCUCCAUGUUUGUUUUAUUUGAUAUGUGCCCGGUAUUAGCCUUUGAUACUGUCUGCUAUAUUUCUACAGGUUCAUCCCAGAGAGAGCUACAUCACUGGCGUUUUCUGUCCUUGGCGAGCUUGUUAAGCUUUGCAUAUUACCUAUCAUCUAUCUAUGUUCUUCUUCACACAGCUUCAGUUUUGGCAGUUUUAAAGAAAAAAAAAGCAUGCCCUUAUUCUUACUGCCGAGUGUGUAUCUCAAAUCUGUAUUAGCAUGAUUAGAUGAAAAGAAUUUGGAUUGUGACUGUGGAAUUUAUAGAAGGAUGUUCUGAUAUGGAGCUCAGCCUGGAGGAUAGUAGAAUUCUUGCAAACUGCAUCUCGGGUCAGAUCUAUGAUUCUGAUCCUAUUGAAUUUACUAAGGACCUCGGUGCUCGAUUUGCUUUGCGCCGCUCCAUUCUCAGAAUGCCUGGAUUGUCAAAACUAGUAUCGUUAGUUGCAAAAGGUGUUACUUCAAGUUUGGAUGCUUUAUUUAUUACUAGAAAAUGAUGAUGUGGCUCCAUGUUCAACUGUGUGCGACUUUGCUCAGAAUCUACAGGAUUUAGGGGCUGAUGUUAAACUUGUGAACUGCGAUACCUCUGUCUGUACAGUACAGGCUAGUCUUAAUCUUCCCUAAGGUUUAAACUUUCAAUUCCCUUCCACGCCUCUUAUGCCGUUAGAAAAUUGAAAAUGUUAAGCUGCUAAUUGGUUUUAGCUGUGCUCAUAUAAAUUUGAGAUGAAUUAAGGAUAAAACAGAAGACAAAAUAUAUUUGCCUUCUCUUAAUUAUGUGAAUGUAGUAAAUCAACAAAUUAGUGUCAGCUAUUUCUUUCUGGGAACAAUAGUGGAUCUUUUGUUAACAUUGA